AUGUUAUUUAAAUCUUUCGUUUUUACCUUGUUAGCUACUACUUUAGCUCAACCUUUAGAAGAACAUCAACAUCAACAUCAACACGAAAAAAGAGCUGUUAAAGUUGUUACUGCUGUCAACACUGUUACCGUCACUGCCGGUUAUGGUGCUGCUCAAGCUGCCACUGCUUCAUCAGUUACUUUAGAAGCUGCUACCGAUGCAGUUGCCAACACUGUUUCUUAUGUUCCUCAACAACAACCAAGUAGUUUCAGUAACCCAACUACUUUUGCUACUGUUGCCACUUCAACUUCAUCAACCUCAACUCCUCAAUCAACUGAAUCUAGUUCAGGUAACUUUGAUGGUGGUGCUAAAGGUAUUACUUACUCACCUUAUUCUGAUGAUGGUGGUUGUAAAUCUUCAAGUGAAAUCGCUUCAGAUAUUUCAAAAUUAUCUGCUUUCGAAAUCAUUAGAAUUUACGGUGUUGAUUGUAACCAAGCUGAAGCUGUUUUAUCAAGUAUUGGUUCAAACCAAAAAGUUUUCGCCGGUAUCUUUGAUGUUGCUAACAUUCAAAGUGGUAUUGAAACUUUAGCUUCUGCUGUUAAAAACAAUGGUGGUUGGGAUAAAAUCCAUACCGUUUCUAUCGGUAACGAAUUAGUUAACGCUGGUUCAGCUUCUCCAUCCCAAAUUAAAAACUACGUUUCAACUGCUAGAUCAGCUUUAUCAUCAGCUGGUUAUUCCGGUCCAGUUGUUUCCGUUGAUACUUUCAUUGCUGUUAUUAACAACCCUGAAUUAUGUGAUUACUCUGAUUACAUGGCUGUUAACGCUCAUGCUUUCUUCGAUGGUCACUACAGUGCUGACCAAGCUGGUGAAUGGGUCUUACAACAAAUCCAAAGAGUUUACACUGCUUGUGGUGGUUCAAAAUCUGUUUUCAUUACCGAAACUGGUUGGCCAUCUCAAGGUUCCUCUAAUGGUGCCGCUGUUCCUUCAUCUGAUAACCAAAAAGCUGCUGUUGCUUCAAUCAAAAAAGUUUGUGGUGACGCUGUUACUUUAUUCACUGCUUUUAACGAUUACUGGAAAGCUCCAGGUUCAUUCGGUUGUGAACAAUACUGGGGAAUCUUUUAA